AUGCCGAAGAAUAAGGGAAAAGGUGGUAAGAAUCGUCGUCGCGGUAAAAAUGAGAACGAUAUAAUGAAGAGAGAACUAAUUUAUAAGGAGCCCGGACAAGAAUAUGCACAGGUGAUAAAAAUGCUUGGUAACGGUCGGCUGCAAGCGAACUGCUUUGAUGGCAAGCCACGAAUGUGUCACAUUCGUGGAAAGUUACGCAAGAAAGCCGAUGUGAUUCUGAAAUACAAUCCCGAUGAAGCGAGAAAUUUGAAAGCAUGCGGGCAACUGCCGGAAAAUGCUAAGUUGAACGAGGGCGGCGAUGAUCUGGAUGAGGGAGGCGUUGAGUUCGCUGAUACGGGCGCAUUGUCGGAUGAAGACAACGAAAGGUCGGGCAACGAGGACCUGCCAUCGGUUGGUUCGGCUUCAGACGAAGACGAGGAUGAAGAAGAGGACGAUAGUAACGAUAGCGAGGACGAGAGAAUCACGGAAGAGCGUCUUGCUCGAACGUACAUCAAACCGGGAGCACGUGAUCGUGCGCAUAAGAGGAACAAAUGGUAA